AUGCUUGGGGUUGUUCUGGGCGGACUGCCGCGGCAUGUGGUGGCGGUGGCGUCCGGCAAGGGCGGCGUGGGCAAGUCGACGGUGGCGGUGAAUGUGGCGCUGGCGCUGGCGACGGCGUGCAAGAUGCGGGUGGGGCUGGCCGAUGUGGAUGUGUUUGGUCCUUCGCUGCCAACUAUGAUGAACGUCAAGUCUGUUGAACCGCCGGCCAUGGAUGCCGAGACAAAGCUGCUGGAUCCCGUGAUCAACUACGGUGUGGCCACCUCCUCGCUCGGCUUUCUCAUGGACGAGGCGGCGCAGCCGGCGGUGUGGCGUGGUCCGAUGGUCAUGUCCAUGGUCAAGCAGCUGGUGUGGGGCGUCGAAUGGGGCCCGACAGAGAUCUUGGUCAUCGACACUCCGCCAGGGACCGGCGAUGCCCUGCUCACACUCACCCAGGAGGUCCCGCUCUCGGGCGCGGUCAUCGUGUCGACGCCGCAGGAGGUGGCGGUUGUCGACGCAAUCAAGGGCGCCAACAUGUUCCGCAAGCUCCGGGUCCCGCUUUUGGGCCUGGUGGAGAACAUGGCGUACUACACGUGCCCGUCGUGCGGCGAGCGUGACGAUGUGUUUGGCGCUGGCGGGCUCGACAAGCUUAACGCCGCUGUCGACGGCGACCCGGUUCCGCUGCUCGGCCAGCUGCCGCUCUCGUCCGGUGUGCGGGCCGCGGCGGAUGCCGGCACGCCAAUUGUGGUGGCCGAUCCGCAGUCCGAGGCUGCGCAGGCGUACGUCCGCAUUGCCAGCCAGCUCCUCGACGCGCUGGAGGCUGGUCUACAGCCGCGGCGAUGAUGGGGAGGAGGGUUUUACUUCUUCUUAGACUUCUUCUUCUUCUUGUCCUUGUCCUUCUUCUUGGUCUUGUCCUUGGCCUUGGCCUUGUCCUUGGUCUUGUCCUUGUCCUUGGCCUUGGCCUUGGACGCCUGCGGGGUGGCAGGCAGCGCGGCCGACUUGUUGGCAGCCUUGCCGAGAUUGGCGGCCUUUGCGCCGAGCGGAACAAAG